AUGGAAAGGAAGAUGCAUUGUGCGCCUCAACCAAAAGGUAAUGAUAGUCCAAAAGUUUCAGAAGCGGGAAAGAAUUCCAAAUCAACAACGUAUCAGCAACAAGACAAAGUUACAUCUCUAGAAGUCACAAAACAUUCUCAAGGAUCUUCUGUUUCAAAGAUCAACUCUGAUAGUAGGUGUGCAAUCCUUACAUUCCUUAGUGUUGAGCCUGAUGGAACCUGGAGAAUUCUUGCCGUUCCAGUGCAGUGUCUCAAUCACAUUAACCUAGCUUCUGGAAUUAAUAUGGAUGGUCUGCAACUUCUUUUCCCUCCACCAGCUCCUCUUAACCGGUCGAAGAACGAUCAAUGCAAGGGGAGUAGAAGACAGGUGCCUCUGAGUGCUUAUACGGCCAAAUCAUAUGAAAGAAGUUUUACCGGUUCAAAUAACGUUCGUCGUAGAUGUCAAAAUAAAGUAGCUAACAAAGCUUGUAAACUGAAAGAACUUCCUGCAGAUUCUUGUGCGCAAAGUUCGGUAGUUAGUAGUAGCCCUAGCUCGUCACCUCAUAGUUCUGCUUCUGUUAUUUCAUCCGAUAAGUGGAUGAGUAACACCAAUGAAGAUAAGUCUCUGAAGAAAGCCUCGAGAAAAAGAGCCAGAAAGAAACAGAUAAAGAACCAAUCAAGUGAAAGUGGAUCUAAUGAUAGAGAAGUUCGUACGGAGGAAUACGGGUGUGCAAGUUUGACUUCCGAAACCUGCAGCAGCAAUGAUGUGGAUACAACUGCCCCAGAAUUUUCGUCUUCCGACGAUAGGUUCAAGAAAAAUGAUUAUGAAAGGAAUGAGAUGAAUGACAAAGUCAAUGUUAUGGAUGCACCGAAACGCUGUGACCCUUGUAUCGAGGAGACAGUGAUGUCAAAAGCUGAAUCAAAGGGUCAGCUUCACGAUAGAGAAACAAAGGAUUCUCAAGAGGUUGAGCUAUGUGGUUUUAAUGAUGUACAAGACUCUUUAGUGUUAGAUGCAGUUUCGAUUGGUUCCAAAAGCGAUGAAAGUGUCCAUGGUGGUCAUAUAGGAAAACAGUCCAACAAGGCAAGUUGUGGAGACGAGUAUUUUCUCGGUCAAGGCUUAAAGAAUGGUUUUCGCAGUAACUCUGAACAUAAUGAGGAAAUGAAGAAUGGUGGUCAAAAUUGCAUUGUAAAUGAUAAGAGAGUUCAGCAUAAGAGAACAAUAUCGAAGAGUUCAAGUUUCAACAAAUUCACAGGCGUUGGCAGUUUGAACGGCCGAACGGGGAAGGAAAACAGCCAUUCUGUAUGGCAAAAGGUUCAGAAGAACAGUUCGAGUGAAUGUGGUGGUGGCGGCGGUGAUUUGAAGAAAGUAAGCACACCUUCGUCACAAUUCAUUUCCACUACUGACAAGGAUACUUCAGCUAUCAAAAACUGUAAUUCUGUUGGCGCAAAUGUCGUUUCAGGAGGAGAGGUUAAAAAACAAUCGAAAAAUAAAGCCAGUCGGAAAUCGAAAGGGAAAACAACAGACUUGGUUUUGAAAAAAGGACCCUGCAAUUAUUCUCGGAAGGGUUCCAAUUAUAACAGGACCGUGUUAAACGAUAACGUGAAGAGUAGUAUUCAACCGAAUGAUUCUUCAAAUAUCUCAUCUCAGGAAAUUAAUCAACAAGGAACGAUUAUGGAGUUUCAGACCAAUGGAGUUAAACAAGAGUCAUCUGAACCGGUGGAAUCCAAUAUCCAGAAUAUUUCACAGGAAACGAAGAAUGAAAGUAUAGACAUUCAGUCUCAAGUUUCUUGUUCUGAUGAGCAAUCUCAAGUUUCCUCCUGUAAUCUUUUAGAUGAUCAAAUUGGUGAAACAUUGAAAGUAGUUUCUUCUGCUGAUUACAAUGCACAAAACCACAGUUCUGGAUCUUCACAAUGGAAAUGGAUACCAGUUGGGAAAAAAGAUACUGGAAUGACCAAAUCUGAGUCAGAAUAUUCUGAUGAACCAACUAGUAAAAAUUCCGAAUUGGAAAACAGUCUCAAACCCAAAACUGAUUCAUUUUCUCAAAAUCAGUAUUCUUCACCACAUGAUAUUACAUGCAUUGAUCAGAUCGAUGGCGAGAAUCAUAGACUCAAUGAGGAGAUUUCAGGUAGACUGGCCGAGCAUAGGGACAAACAAGAAGUGGCUAAUCACAUGAUUUAUGAAUGUGAGAAUCAAUAUAUGUUUGAAAACGAAUCGUUUAGAAUUGCUCAAGCCGUGAAUGACACCUUUAGGGUUCAAUUAGCUUGUGAAGUAGUACAUAAGGCGACUGGUGGACCGAUUGCAGAGUUUGAAAGACUACUUCAUUUUUGCAGUCCUGUUAUUUGUCGAUCACUUGAUUCACUCAGUUGUUUGACGUGUUCUCAAAACUAUUCUGUUGGUUCUUCGCUGUGCCGACAUGAGGUUCCUGAAGUAUCUUUGGGGUGCUUGUGGGAGUGGUAUGAGAAACAUGGUAGCUAUGGAUUAGAAAUAAGGGCUUGGGAUUAUGAAAAUCCAAAGACAUUCGGUGGUGUUGGUCAUUUUCCAUUUCGUGCCUAUUUUGUCCCUUCUUUAUCAGCGGUUCAGCUGUUUAAGAAUCGUGAGAACCCAUGCGUGAAGAACAAUGCAAGCUUUCCUAAUUGUAAGGUUUCUGAAGACUCCUUUAGGACGCCUAUCAAUAAUGGUUCGAAUCCAUAUACCGACUCUACUAGUUCUGGCGAUUUAGAACUUCUUUUUGAAUAUUUUGAAUGCGAACAACCUCAACAAAGACGACCUCUAUAUGAAAGGAUACAGGAGCUGAUUAAAGGUAACGUGCCAUUCCAAUCCAAAACUUAUGGGGACGCAACUAAACUGGAUUCAAUAAUCCUGCAAGAUCUUCAUCCUAGAUCUUGGUACUCAGUUGCAUGGUAUCCUAUUUACCGUAUACCCGAUGGCAACUUUCGUGCAUCUUUUCUGACUUACCAUUCACUUGGACAUUUGGUUCGUAGAAGUUCAAAUUCUGAUUCGCCAACUCUAGAUUCUUGCGUGGUUUCUCCAGUUGUAGGUCUUCAAAGUUACAAUGCACAGGGUGAAUGCUGGUUCGAGCUGAAUCAUUCUGCAUUGGCAGCGGAAAUGCUAGGCAUAAACCCUUCAAUAUUUCUUAAAGAGCGAUUGAGAACACUUGAAGAAACAGCGGCUCUUAUGGCAAGAGCCGUUGUAAACAAAGGGGACCGAGUCAGCACAAACAAACAUCCGGAUUAUGAGUUUUUUCUGUCUAGGCGGCGAUAUUGA